AAUACUGUAGACAAAUUAGUGCAACGAGCAAAUGCAUCUCUAUUGAUUGGAACAUCAUCAUGGAAAGAGCAGUUUGUUGAAGCUUUAACUGUAAACGCUGGUGACGAUGAUGGCGGAGAAGAAGGAAAUCCUGACGAUGAACCACCGUCACCAAGCUGCAUGGAUUACAUUAUGCACUUCCUUACACUUUUCUGGAAAAUUAUUUUUGCAUUCAUCCCACCAACAGACUUGUUUGGCGGAUAUUUAUGCUUCGUAGUUUCCAUCAUUUGUAUCGGUCUCGUGACAGCUAUUAUCGGAGACGUGGCUUCACAUUUCGGCUGCACAUUAGGAAUAAAAGAUUCGGUAACUGCUAUUGUGUUUGUUGCUCUGGGAACGAGCAUACCAGAUACGUUCGCAAGUAAAGUGGCAGCAAUUCAGGAUAAAUAUGCAGAUGCGAGUGUUGGUAAUGUCACCGGCAGUAAUGCUGUUAAUGUCUUCUUGGGUAUCGGUAUCGCAUGGACAAUGGCCGCUGUUUAUCAUGCCAUGAAUCCCACAACACUCGCUUCAGGAGAGCUUGAUUACGCGUUUCGUGUUCCAUCGGGAAAUUUGGCUUUUUCGGUGACACUCUUUUGCUCUGAAGCUGCCAUUGCUAUCCUAAUUUUACUGCUGCGUCGUACAAAAUCAAUAGGUGGUGAACUUGGUGGUCCACCGUUCUUCAAGUACGUGACCGCAACAGCACUCAUCGGCUUAUGGGUCGUUUAUCUUCUUAUGAGCAGCUUAGAGGCCUAUGGCGUUAUUAAAUUUGGAGCGAAAGCAUAAAUUUGUGUAUGAUUUUCUUUUUCAUUUAGCCAAUUUUCAUCAAAUCACAAUGAUCCCUUAAAUUUAUAUUAAAAUAAUGUAAAAAAUCAAAAAGUUUUCUUUUUCUUUUCCUUUUACGAU